UAUGUUGCAUUGGUGCUAAUAGCAAUGGGGGAGGGUGGGCUAGAGCAUACCUUAAGAAAGUUUGGAAGUGAUCAGUUCGAGGAACAUAUCAAAGAUAAGUACAAAGCUAAGCACCACUCAAUAGCCUGGUGGUACAUGGGCUCUCUGAUUGGCUCUGUGGCCGGCAUGCUUCUCGUGACCUUCCUUUUACAGAGGUCUGGUUUGGGGAAAAUUUCCUUCAUGUUGAUGUUGGUGGCGUUUCUUGUGCUUGUGUUGGGCACCUUAUUCUACUAUAGAGAUGUGCCGGUUGGGAGCCCCUUUACAUACAUGUUCCAUGUUGUAGUGGCCAUGGUAAAGAAGAGACACCUAGAUUUGCCUGUAGAUGAUACUCUAAUCCACGGUGGCAUUGCCAAUAUGAGUGAUGAUGGAGGAAUGGAGAAGCAUGAUCAGAGUGGAAAUCCUGAGGAAAACUGCGGUGUUGAGAAGGAUGAAGAAAUAAAGGGUGGUCUAAUAGAUGAUGAACAAUUGAGAACUUGCUUUGAUAAAACAGAGGCAAAGGAAGAAAGUAAAUGGAGGGUUUGCACCCAAACAGAAAUCGAAGAAACUAAGCUCUUCCUACGCUUGUUCCCCAUUUGGGCUACCUUCAUCAUGUACGGAAUGGUAUUGUCCAUGGGGAAAACCUUCUUUAUUGAGCAAGCUAGUACUCUAGAUGCUAACUUCAGUCCUCGCUUUCGCAUCCCUGUUACAUUCCUCUUAGCUGUUGGUGGCUUCUCGAAGCUAGUCAUCACCAAAGCAUGUCUUCCACUAUUAAAUAAGCUCACACGACUGGAUCAUGGAAUCCCACCAAAGGUAAGGAUCGGAGCUGGGUUGUUCCUGUCUGUAUUGUGUUGCCUUACCGCAUCUUCGAUAGAGAAUAGAAGGUUGAAAGUUAUGGUGCAAAAGAAAUUGAGGAUGACGAUCUUCUGGCUGAUUCCUCAGUUUUUGUUGUUGGGCGGCAUGGAAGGAUUGGUUGGCGAUGGGAUCGAUGAUUUGUUCAUUAGUCAGGUUCCAGAGACGAUAUGGAAGUGUGGACCCGCAUUCUCAGAGAGUGUGGAAGGAAUGGGAAGCAUCUUGAGUGCAAUCGCCAUGGUUUUAACUGAUCAGAUGAGCAAAGUUGGAGGACGGCAUGGUUGGUUCGCAAAAGAAAUUGAUGUCAGCCGUCUAGAUAGGUAUUACUUCAUGUUUGCGGUACUAAGCCUUAUUAAUCUCUGCUGGUAUGCUUUGGUUGCAAAAGCAUACAUUGGGCAAGGAACCGAAAAUCAGAACAAAAGAGAAAACAAUAGAGGAACCGUUAAGCGGUCAGUUGCAUGCGCAGAGAUGAUUGCAGUUAUUAUCAGUGGAAGAAACUAAUGAUGGGCCGCGACCAUAUGACUUUUGGCCCAAAUUUUAUUUCUUUUGCAAUUGCUCAUGUCCAUGUAUUUUACAAGUAAUUCUCAUC